CUCCGGCUAUAAAGCCAGGCGGCAGAGCAUCCCCCCGCCUCAGCUCCCCGAGAGGCGCAUUUGCGAGGAGCGAGCCUCACACGGCCGGAGAGAUGUUUUAUUCGGGCAUCCUGACGGAGCCGAGUCGGAAAGAAGUGGAAAUAAGGGAAGCGGCGUCUCUCCGCCAGCAGAGGAGGAUGAAGCAGGCGGUUCAGUUUAUUCACAAGGAUUCUGCAGAUCUGCUCCCUCUGGAUGGGCUGAAGAAGCUGGGCUCUUCCAAAGAUACUCAACCACACAAUAUCCUGCAGAAGCGCCUGAUGGAGACAAACUUAUCCAAGCUGCGAGGCAGCCGAGGCAGCUGGUCCCCCAAGGAGGAUCUCUCAUCACAGAUCAACAAGCUGAACCAAGCCAAACUGGACAGCUCAGGGAAAAAGGAGGAUGAAGAGCUCAUAGUGGUGAGCUGCCAGUGUGCAGGGAAGGAGCUGAAGGCUGUGGUGGACACGGGCUCACAGCACAACCUCAUGUCGUCUGCCUGCCUGGACAGGCUAGGCUUAAAGGAGCUUCUCAAGGCACUCCCUGUCGAAGAUGAGACGAUUUCGUUGCCAAACCAGGUGAAAGCCAUUGGCCAGAUCGAGUGUCUCUCCCUGACAGUGGGAGCAGUCCCCGUGGAGUGCGUUGCCCUCGUCGUGGAAGACAAUGAGAAAUCCUUCUCCUUUGGGCUGCAGACACUGAAGUCUCUGAAGUGUGUCAUAAACAUGGAGAAGCAUCACCUUGUUCUGGGACAGACGGACAGGGAAGAAAUCCCAUUUGUGGGCAUUGACAAUGCUGAGGCAGAAGAACAUUUCAGCAGUUUGGAGGCAUAAAGAGAAAUUGAAACACCAUCCCCACACAAGAGCUUGAUAUCAAAGAAAUCCUGUGCAGCUGUUCCAGAUGAAACAGCAACGUGCUGCUUUGAAAACAUUUAUACUAGGCUACAGCUUGAGUAGAGCUAAAUGAAAUCCUGUUCGUAGCCAGUAAUUUAGAGAUACUGUCAUGUUUAUCUAUGGGUUUUGAGAAACAAAAGUGUGCUUAUUUUCUGGACUUUUCUAUAUAGUGUCCUCUUUAUUACAAACAGUUGGAAAAACCUUAUGAAUUUCUUCUGAUGAGAAAAAUACUUUUUAUAGUGGCCUCAUAUGAGUAAUUGUAUUUAGCUGUGAUUAGAGGCUAUCAAAAUGAGAUUUUUAUUAAUAAUUUUUCCAGGGGCUAAGCAUUUAUAUUCACUUAAUUGAUAUCACCACAUUCAAAUGGCCAUUACCAGGAAGUUCUCAGAGUAAAAUAACAAUGUUAAUACCGCCUAGGAAUUAUAGCUCAUCCUGUUAGCAUAGUAUUGUUGCCAUGUAAUUAGGGAUGCAACUGCUGCCUUGAUGAGAAAGAGCAAUUGCAGAAUUAUUAAUGGGUUAUGGACUUAUCUGCAGUGGCUCAGCAGAAGCACAGGAACAGGGUUUGGGAGGGCUCCCAGGGGAUCUCUCGCAGCUCCCAGCUCGCUGUGGGGUUGGCACCAGAAACCCUCUGAGGGAUCCUCUGGGCAAGUCUUGGCUGCCUUCCUACAGGGGUAGUCAAGUAAAUCAAUCAUUUCACUGGGCCAAAAAGAAACAAAAAACCACAAAAGCACGUUGUCUGGAUGGCAGUAGAUAGAAUGCCCUUGGUUCCCCUGCCACCAGGACCUGUGCCUACCCCUGCCCACCCAGCACCCAGCCUGAAGCACCUGGACUAUAGCUGGUGCAGGUUAUUGACUCCAGCUGCACCUCCGUGCUGCUGCCAGAAAUGCCAUAUUUUUUUUAUAUCUGUCUAUGAAUUGCCUGGGUUCUUAAGUACAACACUUGAUUGCCCUCAGGGAAGCUGGAAGUUUUUGCCAGGACAAGSAUUCAUUUGGUGGCACUAUCCUGGAGCAGCAGGGCUGCUGUUUCCUGUAUUGCCUGGGGGAGCCUGGCUUUGCACAAACACAGCUUUUUAUGUUUUCAAAACCUGAUGGGAAUUAAUCACUGCCAUCUGCUGAAGAAGCAUCUUUAAAAUUCAGAAUAAUAUCCUUGUGAUGUUGUGCAUCCUCUGAUGGCCAGUCCUGUGCAGCUGGAUCCUUAAGGGAUCCUUAA